AUGCCCAUCUGCAUCUCAUGCCGCACCCCCGUGCGCACACUGUACACGACAUACUCGAAAGCCGACGACCGGGCGCUGGGCAAAGGCGUGCGCCUAACGCAAUGUCCGCACUGCAAGAAAUUCGCGGACAAAUACGUCGAGCACGACUUUGUCAUCCUCUUUAUUGAUCUCGUGCUCAUCAAGGCAGAGGUGUAUCGCCAUUUGCUGUUUAAUCGGUUGGAGACGGGCGAGAAUCGGUUUGAUCGAUCCAUUGUCCGCUUGGGUAUUUUGUUGCUUCUCUUCGACGUGUACCUUACGUGGGCGCGCAUCGAGAAGAUUCCGCUGCCGGAGACCUCGCCGUACUACCUGUUGCUGGCGGCGGCGACGUCGUCGUCGCAUAACACAUCAUCUGCGAGUCCGCUGGUCGCGCCACCAAAUAGCAUCACGAACGCUGCCGUGCUCCAGGCGUAUUCGCUCGGGCUGCAGUAUCUGUUUUUCCUCGGCCUCGUCCUCGUGUCAACGCUGGCAUUCCACCUACCCAUCCGCCUGCUGUGCGCAUAUAACCCGGAGCGCCUAACCACUGCGGUCAAGACGCUGUGGCAGAGAUGCAUAGCGUAUUUCCCCAACCCGACGCCUCUGUCGACAGCACUGCUCGUCUCGUCGUGCACGAAAUUGUUUCCAAUCUUGCUCAUCAUCUGGGAUUACGAUUUACCCAGCUCCGCAACCGCGGUGAGUUGGGCUGUCAUUGUGAAUAACAUUGCUGCCCUCGAGAUCCUCAUGGACUGUGGCUAUGUCCGCGCGGGCAUCUUGGUCGCUGUCGGUGCGGGAAUCAGGACGCUGGUCGGGUGGGCGAUAUUGCGCGCGGCGGGGCUCGGAACAGGAUGGGAAGGCUACUUGAGUGAGUGGACGGUGGCUAGCACGCUUUGGGGUUUGGCGGGCAACGUGACUAGUGGUCCUCCGUGA